GCCGCUACGCAGGCGCACUGCGGCCAGGCGCCGGGCAAAGCGGAGGGCAGGAGCCCGGCCGGCGGGUGCGCGCUCCAGGGAGCGCGGGGAGCGAGGCGCGCGCCAUGGAACAGCGGUUAGCCGAGUUCCGAGAGGCCAGGAAACGGGCAGGGCUGGCGGCCGAACCCAACACUUCGAGCCGGAGUGCACAAACCUCAGGGAAGAAGGCGGAAGCAGCUGCGACUCCAAAGGCAGCUCCAGGCUGGCUAAAACGGUUCCUGGUGUGGAAACCGAGGCCCGCGAAUAUCCGGGCCCAGCCCAGCCUCGCUCAGGAAGUGGCUCAGCUGGGGAGCAGCACGUCACAGCCACCACGGAACACAGCCAUUCCUCUGCCUUCAACACAGGACCAGUCUUUCCUGAUCAACAUCACCUUCUUGAAGGUUCUUCUCUGGUUGGUCUUGCUGGGAUUGUUUGUGGAACUGGAAUUUGGCCUGGCCUAUUUUGUCCUCUCCUUGUUCUACUGGAUGUAUGUUGGGACACGAGGCCCCGAAGAGAGGAAAGAGGGAGAGAAGAGCGCCUACUCGGUAUUCAACCCAGGCUGCGAAGCCAUCCAGGGCACCCUGACAGCAGAGCAGUUGGAACGCGAGUUACAGUUUAGACCCCUCGAGGGGAGAUAGGCCCUGCUCUCUUGCAGCUAGCCUCCCACAUGGCUCCCUCAUAGCCUCUGGACAUGGGCUCGUGGGUUUGAUUUCAAGUGCCCAAGACCUUAUAAGAGCAGCUUGCAGGUUAGUUCUGUGGCUGUGAACUUCUGCAUUCUUUCCCCAAUCUUCUGCUGCGGUUUUAUCAUUGAACUUCUCUUUGGUUUUGGUGAAACCCCUUGAAUGACACUCAGUGUGGAUAUGAUGCCCUUUAUAAAAAGUACAUACUCAAAAAAGAGAGCUGUUUGUCUCAUUAUUUGAGAGAGGCACUUGUAAAGCAGUAGAAAGGGAUUGGGGAGAUAACUUUAAAACACCCAGCUGUUUGAAGGAAUGGUGUGUUAAAAUAAGUGUUCUCUUUAAGUCUUUUCGUAUAUGCUAUAAAGCAUUUUUUUCCCCCUGAAAAAUUUAAGUUGCACGUUUUUGUUUUCUGGUUUUUUUUGUUGCUGUUGAUGAUGUUUGUUUUUUCAUUGUUUUUUGGUUUUUGUUUUGUGUUUUCUGCUUUAAAUCUUGCUUUUUUUUUCAGUCAUUAAUGGUAAUGAAAAAUAAAACAGCUUCAAAAUACCUGCUUUUCAGAAACAGAUCCCCAUUGCCCAUCACCAUCUUCCAUUCUCCUCAGUUAUUCUGCUCCCACUUAAUGAAGGAAGAUUAAGAGAAGACAGAGUCCUAAGUGACAGGUGACGGGAGGUAGAUUGGUAGAUUUGGUAAGUGGUUAUUUAUGAUGAAUUCAGCAAGAAAAAAAUUCCUGAGUGUGUUCAGAUGAGAGAUGUGGAAGUGGAACUCUAGACUUAUUGGCUGUGUGGGUUGUUUCUUAUAUUCUGAGGGCUAUGGAGUAAGCAGUCCCUUUCUUUGCCUGUGGGCCUCUGGUGAGAAAUUAUGUAAAUAGGGGUAACCAGACAUGAUUUCAGUCGUUCUUCCUCUUCCAGUACAAAGUUAGUGUUUGGGUUCAUUAAAAUUGGACCAAAGCAAACCAUUAAAUACUUUUUUUUUAAUCGAUCAUACUGAUGAGUAAGAGGAGUCUAGUUUUAAAGCAAUACUUUUUUUCUGAAACUUUUAAAAUUUUAAGAAAUUAGUGAUUCCUCAGUAGGAUUUGAACUUCAGAAUUCAGUUAUUCACUCAUUCUGACAGUAACUUUAAUAUUUAUGAGAUAUUCUUAAAUAAUGGAUGCUUAUUGCUGAAUUUUUUUUUCUUUCUUGCCUGAUUUGCUCACUAUAGCCAAACCUUAGCUCCAUUUAAAUGUAACUUUUACUCAUUGAAUGCCAGCUCCCUGGUAGGCACUUGAGGGAAAAAGCAGACAUAUUCCCAUUGCGCUGAGCAUACAGUCUAGCUGGGAGGGGGAUUGGUGGACAAAAUAAAACAAGCAAUAGCAAUAAUAGAGUGAGAUGGGGUGCCUAGCUGGCUCAGUUGGAAGAGCAUGCAACUCUUGACCUCAGGGUUAUGAGUUCAAGCCCCACGUUGGGUAUAGAGAUUACUUUAAAUAAAUAAUUUAAAAAAAUAAUAGAAUGAGGUAAGUUUCAGUUUUAGGAGCGUACAGAGGGGAUGUUCUCAUGAAACACACUUUGUAGCCAACCACGUGUGUUCCAGCCCUUGCUGAAAAUUCUUCUGAUCUGAGGAGCAGCUUUGUCUAGCCCUUUGCUGACUGGCACUUUGGCUGUCCCUCAGAACCCUCACUUGACCAGAAGUUCUCUAUAGCUAACGAAGAAGUACUUUCUUUCUUUUUUUUUUAUUAAAAAAAAAUUUAUUUUUAUUUUUUUUGAGAGAGAGACAGAGCAUGAAUGGGGGAGGGGCAGAUAGGGAGACACAGAAUCCAAAGCAGGUUCCAGGCUCUGAGCUGUCAGUGCAGAGCCCAACACAGGGCUUGAACUCACAAACCAAACCAUAAGGUCAUGACCUGAGCGGAAGUCAGACACACUGACUGAGCCACCCAGGUGCCCCACAAAGAAGUAUUUUCUUCCGUGACUUGUCUCAGCUGGGCCUCCAGAAAGUAUGGGAAACAGGUGAACCCCUAUUAAACAGGCAAGGUUUGAUCAUAUUUCAGAUACAUGAUUUUGUUUCCAGAUUUAUUUUCUUCAGACUUUCUUCAUUUCCCUGGGUAUUUUACUUGGGCUUUGACAUUUCAUAAAAGCCAAAUACAAGGAAUAUCCCUAUUCAGAGACUCACUACAAUGCCCCGCUCAAUAAGCAUUGUUCUAGGAAAGAAUUCUCAUUUUUAAAAUGUGUAAUUCAGGGGCUCCUGGGUGGCUCAGUAGGCUGAGUGUCCAGCUUCGGCUCAGGUCAUGAACUCGAGGAUCAUGAGUUCGAACCCUGCGUUGGGCUCUGUGCUAACAGCUCAGAGCCUGGAACCAGCCUGCUUUGGAUUCUCUCUCUCUCUCUCUCUCUCUCUCUCUCUCUCUCUCUCUCUCUGUUGCUCCCCCACUUGCUCUCUCUCUCUCUCUCUCUCUCAAAAAUAAAGAUUAAAAAAUUUGUUUUAAAAAUGUGUAAUUCAAACUUUUACUUAAAACAAAGCACCUGUAACUCCAAAUUGGGAACACAUGAUCCAAUUAGCAAUCUCAGCAAAGUGGAGACUCCGCUUGGCAUAGAAGAGACUCAGCUUAGGAGUGGAUCCCACUAGCAUUCUUUAAAAAUGUAGCUGUUUAUAAUGAGGUGGAGCUUGAUUGCCUUAAGCCCAUCUUUCAUGGGAUUUUCUGUGCACGAUCUGUCACCUCUCCUUGCUCAUGUCUCGCCAAAGGUUGCAUGUAAUGACAGCAUUAACUUCUAGGAAAAGUGGGGUGUGAACCAAUUAAAUGCGUGGCAGGGGAGAGAGGAAAGGACAGUAUGUAUUUGCUGUUCUUAUCAGACCAUUAAGCUUUAGGUGCAGUCUUGAUUUCCUGAAUUUAGAAAGGCCUAUUGAUCUCAGAAUUUCCACUCAGGGCCUGACCAUUAGCUCAGCAAGCAGCUUCCAUUAAAGGCUGCUUCUGUCACCAGGGAACUUGAAAUCCCAGAGAUGCAUUCAGUCCCUAUGAUUGCUGUGUGCACUGUGCAUAGGUGAGGUCAUUUCUGUCCAAAUCUUACAAGUAAAUUGGCUUUUGCUUCUAUUCAUAUUGUCCCGUCUUGUCUACUCACAGAGACUGUUAAAUGAACCUCUACUUGUAGGGCUGGAAUGGACCCCAAAAUGCUAUCAGAUGCAUCCCCCUUGCCUUGGGCAAGGACUGCAUUUAUUCCUGACCAAAUAUUUUUUUUUCCUGGUGACCCCUAAAGAAGAAGAAUCCGGGUACAAGAUUUAGGCCCUUCUUAGGAAAUUCUUAACCGAAAGACUUGACCCCCAGUGCCACCGCAGGUUAUUUUUUAUCUAAUCUCAGGGAACAUGGAACAUCCUCCAGACUGGUGAACUGUUACUCUGUUCUCGCUCAGGUUUCUCUGUUCUCCAGACUAAAUCAUCCGCAUCGUACCUCUGGGACAAUCACUUUCAAACUAACCCUGACACAUUCUGAGGGUUCCAGUUCAGGACAGAGGUGAAUGUCACAGUUGGUGGGUACAAUGACUUUUCUCAAAAGCUCUAGAGUUGUAACAGUGAUGAUCUGGGCAUAUGUAUUUUGUGCUAUUAGGAUUGUACUUUGAGUCUAGGAGGUCUUUGACAUUUGCCUUUUGACCGAUCUCUGCUCAUAAGCUCUGUGCUAAAAUCAAAAGAAUAAAAAAUAAAGGAAGUUACACAAUCGACAAAACCAAUGAUCGUCAUCUGGGCAGAAGAAAGUGAAAUUUUGUGUUUUGUUUCCUGCCACUCACACUGUUAACCAAUAUUUGUAUUUAGGCUUGGCGCUGCUGGGGAACCCAUAAGUGAGCUUGGGCAGACAGUCCAUCCACCGUAAGAGCCAGGAUACCUGGUGGGGCUGGGAUGCCAAUGAGCAUCUUGCCACCAGGGGGUAGCAUAGAGCUGCUGCUAUACAUCCUGGUCCCUUCUCCCCACACUUGGGAACUUAUGUAAUGUGGAAAACCCACCGGGAUGUUUAUCUGAACCAUUUGUGCUGCUUUUUCUGAUGUUCUUUUCACUUCAAGAUUCACAAAGGAAAGGGCUCAUCAAAGGUCCUGGAAAAGGCACGGAAAGCUACCAGGAGUGAUUUAUACCGAUAUUUUAAAAUAAAACAACAACCCCCCCUCUAGACUUAGCAGGCAGUAUUGCCCAUCUGCCCAUCUUUAUCCAUUUAUCCAUCAGUCUGUCUUCAGGUUUGGGUCAUUUCUUAUGAAGAGAAUCAAAAGCCUAACAUAGUAUCAACUGUGGACGUUGGUGGAGCAACUAAUCUUUUCUAGGCCAGGUGCCAGGCUCUGAUGAUCAGUUAUCACAUUGAUAAUGAAGGCAAGGUCCCUUUUCUUAAGGAGCUCACAAUCAAAUGGAAGGGGCAGCCAAUAAUCAGACAGUUACCACAGGAUAGUGUGGUAAGUGCUAUGAGAGUGUGCAAUCUAAAUGAGGGCCAGAACAGAGAAAAAGAGGUUUCAGAACCCUAGGGUCAAGAAGGGCCUCCUGAAGGUGAUAUUGUAUUGAGUUUGAAAGAGCAUCCGGUACUCCCCCAAAAAACAGGGGCAAAAGGGCUUUUUAGUCACAGGAAACCACCUGGCAAAAAGGUGAUAAUCUGGAGGGAGAGAAUUGCUUGCUUGGGAAAAAGUGAUGCAUUCUGAGAACGUAUAUUAUUUUUUCCAACUGGUUGUUAACAUAUAUAUAAGCUAUUGAUUUUGGUGUAUUAAUUUUGUUAUAGCUCUUGUCCUUUAUUGAGUUUUCUUACUAAUUAUAAUGGUGUUUUACUCGUUUUCCUGGAUUUUCCAUGUAGAUAAUUAUUUUCUUUUCCAUAAACAUAAAAUUUAACUCCUCUUUUUCCAGUUUUUUUACCUCUUGUUUUUUCCUCUUUGUCUAAUAACAUUGGCUAGAACAUCCAGAAAAAUGUUAAAUCAGAAUGAUAGUCAGUGAUGUCUUUGUUUUGUUCUUGACCUUAAUGAGCAUGCUUUAGUAUUUUCCCAUUAAGCAUGAUGCUGUCUCUGGGAUAAAUGGAGAGAUAAUUAUUCAUCUGUAUUUAUGUUAUUAAAAGGUUUUUUUUUCCUUCUUAAAUUAAGAAUGGAUUUCACAUUUCACAAAAUCUCUUUCAGUGUAGUGGAGAUUAUAUGACUUUUCUCUUUGACCAAUUAAUGUAAUCAGUUAUAUAUUUACACAUAUUAAACCAUCCUUUUAUUCCUGGAAUGAGUGACCCUUGAUUUUAAUGUACUGUUCUUUUAUUUUUUUUAAUUUUUUAAGUGUUUAUUUAUUUUUGAGAGAGAGAGCAAGCAGGGGAGGGGCAGAGGGAGGGGGAGAGAGAGAGAGAAUCCCAAAUAGGUUCCUCGCUGUCAGGGCAGAGCCAGACACAGGCCUCGAACCCACAAACCACAAGAUCAUGACCUGAGCCAAAAUCAAGAGUCAGAUGCUUAACCGACCAAGCCACCCAGGUGCCCCUGAACUGUUCUUUUAAUAUUUAGUUAAAAUAUUAAUAGUUAAAAUUAACUUUUUAAAAUAUCUCUGUUAAUACUUUUAAUCCAUAAUUUUCAUGAGAUUAUAGUAUUUUUUAAGUAUUUUCAGGUAUUGGAAUAUAUAAAAGCAUAAUUUUUAGGUCUUCAUUAAAAAUUAUUCCUUUUAUCAUUAUAAAAAACCAUCUCUGCUUUCUUUAUUACUUUUGCCCUGAAUUCAUCCUUAUCUGAUAGUAAGAUUGGGACCCCUGCUUGCUUUUUUUUUUCUUUCCCCAUGGUAGUCUUUUAUUUGUUUAUUUUUAAAAUAAAAUUUAUUGUCAAAUUGGCUAUCAUA